AUGUCCGUCUCGGCCCUGGCUGCUGCGCCUGCUAGCGCCACGGUCUCCCCGAUCGCCGGCGAGCCCGGCAGCAAGCUCGACAACCUGCUGCAAAACAAUGUCCUCCAUGUGAUGCGCCGGCACAACUUCGCCAAGGCCCUCAUGCCGGACAGCCCGCCGAAUUCGCACAACUACACCCCCAUCAACCGGCCGGUGGCACCGCUGGCCGGCGGGGCCGAGGCCGGCGGGGCCGAGGCCUCCGGACCGGCCGGCCCCGACGCUUCCGGCCACCCGCUUGACCCGCCGGCCGCACUGGCUCCCUACUUUGUCCCCGGCCCCAUUCGCUUUGGCCGACUGGAUCAGCUGCUUGUUUGGAGCAAGAGCCACCGGAUUGGCCCGGGCCUGUCGAACCUGGGCAACACCUGCUUCCUCAACAGUGUCCUCCAGUGCCUGUCCUACACGGCCCCGCUGGCGCAGCUGUUCCUCGACAAUGCCACCCACCGGUCGGAGAAUUGUCGCAACACGGCCUGCCUGGCGUGUGCCACGCGUGACCAUCUGCGCCUGGUGUUCCUGCCGGCGGCCAGCAUCCACGGCCGGCCGCUGGCCCCGCACCGGAUCAUCCGCCUGCUGAAGAGCAUUGCGCGACACAUGCAGUUCGGUCGCCAGGAGGACGCGCAUGAGUUCAUGCGGUACUUCAUCGACAAGCUCAGCGAGUGCAUGCUCCCCCCCGGGACCAAGGCCUUGACGUCCAAUUCCCUCAACAACGCCACGGCCAUUCACCAGAUCUUCGGUGGGUCGCUCCGGAGUCGGGUCGCUUGCAAGGCGUGCGGCGAGAACUCCGACACCUUCGACCCGAUCCUGGACCUGUCGCUGGCCAUCAACAAUGCCUCGUCCGUGCGUCGUGCGCUGGCGGCCUUCACCGCGCCGACCUACCUGUCCGGCAGCAACAAGUACCACUGCGACAAGUGCAACCAGAAGGUGGACGCCGAGCGCCGGCUCACCAUCGACAAGCCGCCCAGCGUGCUGACCAUCCACCUGAAGCGCUUCGGCGAGUUUGGCGGCCUGUCCGGCAUGUUCGGCUACGCGCCGAAGAUCACCAAGCACGUGGAGUUCGAUGACGAGCUGGACAUCGCCAAGUUCAUGAGCCAGCCCCCGCCGGCCGGGUCGUUCCUGUCCAAGUACACCCUCUACGGUGUGCUCGUCCAUGCCGGCCACUCGACCACCAGCGGCCACUACUACUCCUUUGUCAAGUCCCCGGCGGGCAUCUGGAACCUCAUGGAUGACUCGCAUGUCAGCUCCUCCUCGAAGGAGAAGGUCCUGGCCCAGCGGGCGUACAUGCUUUUCUACAUUCGCAAGGGCACCACGCCUCCCCCGAGCAAGCCGGCUCCCAAGGUGGAGGUGGUCCCCGUGCCGAUGCCCGUCCCGACGGCCCCGCUGGUCCAGGCCGCUUCCGAUGAGAAGGUCACCUCCACAUGCCAGUGGCUGGUGACCACCGGUCGGCCGAGCACCGCCAUCGAGACCGGCCAGGCCCUGGGCUACCACUUGAUCCCGUCGGCCUUCUCCGGGCCGGCCGGGUCCACCAAGCACCAUGUUGCCGGGACCACCACGGUCUCCUUCGAGGACAACUCCCUGGAGGGCCGCCUGCAUGAGGUCCAGACGCGUCGCCUGGAGGAUGAUGCGAGCGACCGGGAUGCCGGGAGCUCGGCCUCCUCCGGGUCUGACUCCGACUCUGAUGCCGAUGUGACCACUCCUUUGGCUCGCGGGGCGGCGCCCUCUCCCCGGACGGCAGCCGGCAAGUCCUCCCUGAAGCAGCACCUGGCCGCGGUGACCGGCAAGAAGUCCGGCCUGAAGGUGGCCACGCGCGGGGGCAGCUUCGACCCGCGCUCCCUUGGUCGUGGCGAGCGGAUGAACGUUGCCUCGUGGGAUCUGGAGCAUGGCAACAGCGAUGAUGAGGCCAGCCACAAGCGGCUGCAGGCCGACUUCUCCAAGGCCGCCCGGAUGCAGGAGCACGACAUCCGCUACAAGCCCCAGGCCGAGGCGGACACCUUCAUGGAUAAGCCGCGCCUGACGGCCAACCAGAAGAAGAAGCUCCGCCGCGAGCAGGAGGAGGCCGACGCCAAGCUUCUGGAGCGUGCCGGCAUCAGCCUCUCGGCCGCCGGGACGGGCUCCAAUGCCCCGGACCGGGCCAAGCUCUUCCAGGACUUCUACAACAAGCGCAAGGACCAGCCAGCCGGGCACCACCAUAACCGUGGCGGUGCCGGCCACAAUGGGCCCCGCGGUGGGGGCCGCGGCGGCGGUCGUGGUGGUCGCGGCGGCGGCCACGGCGGCCACCGCCAUGGUGCUGCCGGCAAGAGUCGCGGCGGCGGGGCCUUCCGCCAGGGCGCCUUCCACAAGCGCUGAUGGCUGCGCGUGGAUGUGUGUGUGUGUGUGUGCCGGCGCGCGAGAGCCUGCAUGGCUGAUUGUUGCGUUGCGCCGCACCCGGCCAGGACCAUCCCCCCUGAUCUUUUUUUCCCCCCUCCCUUCCCCUUUUGCCCCCCUCCUGUUGGCCCUUUCUCUGCCUCCCUUCCUUCGCCCUCUCUGUUCCGGGGGAAGACGCCGC